AGUGCAUAAAAGUGAUUUGAAAAAUAAAAACGUCAACCGCCCAAAUAGAAAAUAAACAAAAAGGAUAUUGACCCUCAACGAUAUUUUCUCAAACAUUUCUAAAUAGUCAAUAGUACUGCCUAAUUUGCACUUCAUUAUUUAAGCACGCUUGGCGCAUUGGAUACGGCGCCCGGUCGGUCACUCAUUAACGAGAGCGAUGUGCGUUCGAUCCUGACACAAGCAAAACAUCUCUUUUUGUGAGUUCAAAAAUUUAUUAUGAAAUUCUUAGAAUAUUUAAAAAUUGCAUUGUAACGUAACAAAAAAGGGACGAAUAUAAUUUGCAUUCACCAUCAGAACUGUAGUUUCGAAAUACUUCGAUAGAGGGCGAAACUUGUUCGGAAAAAAAAAGAAAUUAAAAAGUUCCUUCACCUAUAACUCAAACGUAAAAUAACCAAGAUGUCACGAAUAAUUAAUAAUAACUCGAAACUGAACAACAGUGGCCGCAAGAUGUCACUAGUGGCAUGUUUUAAAUGCAAGAAAUACGUGGAUAUAAAGUCAACUGUUCUAUGUUCAGUAUGUGCGAACAGAUUUGAACUUUGUUGCGAUGGCUACCCAGAACAAACAUACAGAUUAUUAAGCGCUGAAUCAAAAAAGAAUUGGCGAUGUAAAAUGUGUGUAAAAGCAGCAACAAAGCAGAAGACCGCCGGUGCUAACGCCGCCAUUAUAUCAAACAUAACAAUAAGAAAAAAACAGAAGCCAUCACCGACUCCCACACUAAACAACGACGCCUCGAUGAUGGACUCACACGUACUUUCGGAUAGUGAAACCCUCAAUGAAUCACAUAUUUCGCCUAAUAAACUGUCGAAGAGCCUAGAUGGAACACUAUCGGACUUAAUCUCAUUAACAGAAACGAAAGAAACACUAUUACAGUGUAAAACGAAGCUUAAUAUGACUGAACAAGAAUUGGAUAACUUGAUAUUAGAAAAUAACAGCCUUCAUAAACAAAUAGAAAAACUAAUCACGGAAAAUAAUACACUAAAAUUGCUGUGCCAGUCGUCUACCCUUAUGGAAAAUACUCCUAACUCAAUACAGAAGAGGGCAUUAACACAACGGAACGCAGUAUCUACGCCGGUAUCAUCCAAGCAAAAUUCUGAUUUCUUACAUAUAUCAAACCUGGAACGAAAGAUUCAAAGUCUCCAACAGCAGCUAAACACCGCGGAACAAGAAAUCACUGAUCUCACUCAACAAAUAAUAUCUUUAACUCAACGUCUACGUAACAAUAGUCUAAAUACAGAUACAAUAUAUGGCAAUGAAACCAGUACUCCGCUGUCAACACAAUCGAAAAUAAUUUACUCACCGACCUCCUAUUACGUCAAACAACCAAGUAAAUCAAUAUAUAUUUUCGGUGCCCAACAAUGUGUGGGACUGGCUGCAACGAUUAUGUCCUCACGACGGAGUACCAAGUACGACAAAUACAGGAUAAUUGCUGAAACGAAACCAAAUGCAAUGACUUGCGAAAUCGUAAAAAACUGCGGGCACCUUGAAAUGAAACCGGGUGACAAACUUAUAGUAAACGUGGGAGAAAAUGAUGAUAAUGUAAGAAACAUAUUGUCACAGUUAAGACAUAUUCUAUAUAAAUUUCAUGAUAAUACCAUUAUAGUGUUGGGUGUUGCAAAAAACUAUUAUCUAGAUACUAUUAAAUUAAAUAAAGCUAUAAAAAAUAUAUGUGCUAAAUAUAAAAAUUGUAAUUUUGUGAACACUAAAUUCAACAACUUGUAUAACAUUAGUGCUUCAAUCAAUUAUUUGGUGGAUUAUAGUGAUUAUAGUGCAAAAUAUCUUAACCCUAAAGCUCUUAGACAACUAAUGUGUAACAAACCAAGCAACAAACCAAAUACUGGCGCAUGUGAACCAAAAAAAGGUACCAUUCCUUAUUAUUUUAACCGCCUUCAAAAUGUAAAUAUACACCAAUCAAAUACCAAUGUACAAGCACCUGAAAAAAAUAAGAGUAAGGGAACUAUACCCUUCUACUUCCCUAUAAUAAAAAGAAAUAACACGUUUUUUCGGAACUAAUGCACUUUUUGCUGACACCUCUCCUAGAUUAGUAUUUAGAAUAUUACACCAAAACAUAGCCAGCCUACUAUCUAAGCAAGAACUCCUUGAAAUAACUUUAAAGGAGCUACAAAAGGAUUUAAAUGAAC